UCAGUCGUGAGUGCAUUGAUGGUUUGUCAGAAACUUUUUCCUCGUGGUCUGUGUGUGUAUCGCUAAGUACUGAGGUAGCAAAAAUAGAGUCCCUGCUCUUGAAGAGCUCAUAUUUUAGUGAAGGAUGGGGGAGUGGAGUGUGAUGUAAAUAAAGUUUGUGUUGUAAUAAAAAGUGCUGUGGGAGCUCAGAACACAGCAGCUAAACGCUCAGGUGUUUAUUGUGGUCCAGAAUGCCCUAUCCUAAUUCCACCGCUCCAAGAUCCUGGACAAGCGACGUGCCUUUCUGAGCCUUAAUUGCCCCAUCUGUGAAAUGAGGGGGAAGGAAUAAUACUUCCUAUCUUGAAGGGAUUUUUAAAAAAAUGUUCUCAGAGUUUGUUUUAUGCCAGGCACACUGUAAAGCACUUUGGCUGUUGUGAUUUUCUUAAUCCUCACAGUUACCCUGAAGAGGCUGGUUCUGAAUCUGACCCGUCUUAGCAAUGAAAGGUUAUAUAAAUCAAACUUCUAGCAGCUACAAGUGGUAGAGCCUAGAUUUAAACAGAGGUCUACCUGAUUCCUUAAAGAUUUUUUUAAUUAAAUAAAAUGCGUAUAGAAACACUAGUAUAUGUUGAGGCCCAAAAUAUUAGCUAUCAUCAUUAUUUUGUUUUAUACGGAGUGGAAGUUCCAAAUUGCAGAAUGAUGUUCAAGGAAGUGGGAUAUACCAAGAACACAGAUCACACAUCCAAAGUAAGCAAUGGACAACAAACAGACUGGCUGAAGUAGAAGAUUUAUAUAUGUUUUUUCAACGGGGAACAUGGCAAAGAUGUUCAAUUUCAUCCUUGUUACCACCGCUCUGAUAAUGGGCAGGGAAAUUUUGGCACUUGAGGACUGUGCCCAGGAGCAGGUGCGGCUCAGAGCCCAGGUGCGCCUGCUUGAGACCCGGGUCAAGCAGCAGCAGGUCAAGAUCAAGCAGCUUUUGCAGGAGAAUGAAGUCCAGUUCCUUGAUAAAGGAGAUGAGAAUACUGUCAUUGAUCUUGGAAGCAAGAGGCAGUAUGCAGAUUGUUCCGAGAUUUUCAAUGAUGGGUAUAAGCUCAGUGGAUUUUACAAAAUCAAACCUCUCCAGAGCCCAGCAGAAUUUUCUGUUUAUUGUGACAUGUCCGAUGGCGGAGGAUGGACUGUAAUUCAGAGACGGUCUGAUGGCAGUGAGAACUUUAACAGAGGAUGGAAAGACUAUGAAAAUGGCUUUGGAAAUUUUGUCCAAAAACAUGGUGAAUAUUGGCUGGGCAAUAAAAAUCUUCACUUCUUGACCACUCAAGAAGACUACACUUUAAAAAUCGACCUUGCAGAUUUUGAAAAAAAUAGCCGUUAUGCUCAAUAUAAGAAUUUCAAAGUUGGAGAUGAAAAGAAUUUCUACGAGUUGAAUAUUGGGGAAUAUUCUGGAACAGCUGGAGAUUCCCUUGCGGGGAAUUUUCAUCCUGAGGUGCAGUGGUGGGCUAGUCACCAAAGAAUGAAAUUCAGCACAUGGGACAGAGAUCAUGACAACUAUAAAGGGAACUGCGCAGAAGAAGAUCAGUCUGGCUGGUGGUUUAACAGGUGUCACUCUGCAAACCUGAAUGGUGUAUACUACAGCGGCCCGUACACGGCUGAAACAGACAAUGGGAUUGUUUGGUACACCUGGCAUGGGUGGUGGUAUUCUCUGAAAUCUGUGGUUAUGAAAAUUAGGCCAAAUGAUUUUAUUCCAAAUGUAAUUUAAUUGUUGCUGUUGGGCUUUCGUUUCUGUAAUUCAGCUUUGUUUAAAGUGAUUUGAAAAAUACUCAUUCUGAACAUAUCCAUGUGCAAUCAUGAUCACUGUUGUGAGUACUGCUUUUCAUUCUUCUCACUUGCCUUUGUUACUUAAUGUACUUUCAGUACAGCGGAUAUGCAGUAUUCAUCAAAUAAAUGUAGAUUGUGUUAA